ACGAAUUGAGCGAUUAACAUAAUGGUCUUAUACCGGAGAAUGGUCAUUUCGCAGCUGAUCUCAUUGGUAUUGGUGGCCAUAGCUGCAGUAGCAAUAGCCGACCAAGCCCUCCCGCCUCCUCAAGCCCUGCCUGAAUGCCUUGACCAGUGUGGCAAUCUCACAGUCCCCUAUCCAUUCGGCAUAGGCGACGGUUGUUACCUUACACAAAAAUUCAACCUCACCUGUGACGAAUCCAGCCAACCUCCAACACUACUCUGGGCGGAUACUGAUAUCCCUAUUACUAACAUAUCCGUGGCCGAACGUGAGUUGCAAAUUUUGUCUUACAUAGCCUAUGAUUGCUACGACCAACAGGGUCAUCAAACGGGAUAUUCCAAUCUCACAUGGCUCUGGGUCACUCCUCCGUUCACCAUCUCUGGUACCAGAAACAAGUUCAUUGCCGUUGGCUAUGACACCUUUGCCAUUUUUAUGGGGUACCGCCCUUACCCUAAUGAUGAUAUUGGGUACGUAGCCGGGUGCAUCAUAAGUGACAUUCCUGACAAUACUACUGCUGCUGCUGACGAGUCAUGCACCGGCAAUGGGUGUUGCCAAACUUCAAUGCCUGCAGACGGACUCAAAAAUCAAACUGUCAAGUUGAGUAGUUACUCUAACCAUACCAAUGUACGGAAUUUCAACCAGUGCAGCUACGCUUUCAUUGUGGAAGAUGGCAAUUUCACAUUUAACCCGACUACAAGUUUUCAACAACUGAACAACACUGAACGGCUUCCUAUGAUUCUUAAUUGGGAAAUCGCGAACGUGUCAUGUGCUGAAGCUGAAAAGAGGCAGGAUUAUGCUUGCAAGGCGCAUAGCAAGUGUGUCAAUACCAUCGACAUCAAGACUGAACCGUCUGGUUAUUAUUGCGAGUGCUGGCCAGGCUACCAAGGCAACCCAUAUCUCCCAGAUGGCUGUCAAGAUAUUAAUGAAUGCAACGCCUCAACGGACCCCUGCAACAAUGGAACGUGCAAAAAUUCAGAUGGAGAUUACACAUGUACAUGUAAGAAAGGUUUCAGAAACGAAAACCCAAAGAGUUGCGUACAGAACACUCCUAUAUCAAAGAACAAGUCCCUGAAAGUUUCCUUGGGUGUCUCUCUGAGCUUCUUAGGGGUAUUGCUUGUAACAUUUUGGAUAUACUGCGGACUGAAGAGAAGAAAGUUCAAGAUACUCAAACAGAAGUACUUCAAACACAAUGGUGGCUUCUUGUUACAACAAAAAUUGGAGAAUUUCGAUGGACCUCAAGCAGCCAAAAUAUUUACUAGAGAAGAACUUAAGAAGGCCACAAACAACUUUCAUGACAGUUUAAAAAUUGGUGAAGGAGGCUAUGGAUUUGUUUACAAAGGAACACUAUCAAAUGGAAAUGAGGUUGCCAUAAAGGUGUCAAAAAGUAGUGCCCCAAUGACCCAAAGUAAUCAGUUCAUUAAUGAGGUGAUUGUUCUUUCUCAGAUCAACCACAGAAAUGUGGUGAAGCUUCUAGGUUGUUGUUUGGAGACCCAAACGCCUUUAUUAGUGUAUGAGUUCGUCAGCAACGGCACACUUUAUGAGCAUAUUCAUAAAAAGAAUGGCAAGGGACCGCUUUCCUUUGGGCUACGAAUGAAGAUAGCAACAGAAACAGCAGGAUCACUGGCAUACUUGCACUACUCUACUUCGAUGCAAAUUGUGCACCGAGAUGUGAAGGCAGCAAACAUUCUACUGGAUGAGAAUUUCACAGCGAAAGUGUCAGACUUUGGAGCUUCAAAAUUGGUUCCCGAAGAUCAAAAUCAACUGUCUACUUUAGUGCAAGGGACGAUAGGGUACUUGGACCCUGAAUAUCUUCAGUCAAACACACUGACAGAGAAAAGUGACGUAUAUAGCUUCGGCGUUGUCCUUGUGGAGCUAAUAACAAGUCAAGUGGCAAUUUCUUAUCAGAAGCCUGAGGCGGAGAGAAGCUUAGCAAAAUUUUUUGUUACUUCUGUGGAAGAGAAUCGCCUAGAUCAGAUUCUCGAUCAUGAAAUAAUCAAAGAGGGGAGCUUCGAAACAGCUGAACAAGUAGCACAUCUGGCCAAAAGUUGUUUAAGUUUGAAAGGGAGCGAUAGGCCUACCAUGAAAGAAGUAGCACUGAAGCUAGAGGGAGUAUUGCAAGUUAUGGCAAAGCAUCCAUGGGGAAAGGCUGAUGCCUCACCAAAAGAGACUGACUACUUGCAGCUUGCGUCACAUUCAAAAGCCUACGUUGUUGAUGUUAGAGGUGAUGAAGGUGAAGUUAUAACCAGUAUUGACUACGACCAAAGCAUCCAGAUUCAACCCCUGAUGAUGAAGCCUUAUGAUGGAGGCCGAUAGUUGAUUAAUAUUAGCUUCUUGAUAUUUCAUAUAUAGCUAUUGAUGUAUUGAAUUGUUCUUAGUUUGCUUCGG